AUGUCUCAAAAAUAUGCUUUAAUCACAGGAGCGUCCUCCGGUAUUGGCUAUGCUGUGGCCUUGAAAUUGUGCAAGUUGGGCUACAAGGUCUUUGGCUGUGCCCCAGAACCAUUUGUGGCCGAAAUGUUCCCAUUGAGGGACGAGUAUGGCUUGGUCCCCUUCGCUUGCGAUAUCACCAACGUUGAGGAUAUCAAGAAAAGUGUUGAGUUGAUCAGAAAGAUCUCGGGUGGCAGAUUGGACAUUUUGUACAACAACGCAGGUAUUGCUCUCGGAGGCCCUGCUGGAGAAGUGGAGCCGGAAGAAGUGGAACUUGUUUUCAAGGUCAAUGUCUUUGGCCACAUCUACAUGACGAAGUACUUUCUUGACUUUGUCAUAGCUACCAAGGGAACAAUUGUGUUCACCUGCUCUGUCGCUGCCAGGGUGCCAUUGUCAUGGACAUCAUUGUACAACGCUUCGAAAGCUGCCAUUGACCAGUACGCCUGGAAUCUCCAUGCUGAAAUGAAACCAUUUGGUGUUCGUGUACACAGUAUCGUCACUGGAGGUGUGGACACCGCCAUUGGUGAUGCCUCUACCAAGACUGCCAAGUUGGGACGUGAAGGCUCUAGAUAUGACGUGGAAGGUAUUGAUGAAAGUAUUUUUGCUACUGGAAGAAUGGCCAGAGACACCAAGUUUUCUCCAAACAAGUACGCCAACAAUGUGGUCAGAGACAUUAUCAGGAAGGAUGGUAGAUUCAACCUUUAUCAUGGUUACAAGGCAUACUCCCUCCAUUUAUUGAGCAGAUUCGCCCCAGUGUGGUUUGUCGAGUGGGUUAUUGCUAUUUAUUUCAAGCAGACCAAGGUCUUGAGGAACGUCAGAAGACAGAUUGCUAAAAAGUAG